GCGUCUAUUUCUUCUUUCCUAAGAAAUAGCGUAACUUACGCGCUCACAAAACAAAACACAUUUACACAUUUACCCCCGACAUCCUCCCCCAAUUAUUUUCCCAUUUCCCAUCACUACAUCAUUUUCCCACUGAUUUUCAUCCCAUACUAUACUACUUUUCCAGGAAAGUUUCUAAUUUUCCUGGAAUUUAUUUCUGAUUCAACUCAAACCCACUUAUUAAUAUCUAAUCUAUUUAUUCAUAGCCGAAUUUUAAAAAAAUAAAAAAGAAUUUCGAUUUUGGUUUCGAAUUCGUAUUUUUCGUGAUGGGACAAGGGCAAUCGAAAAGCGAGUUGCUCUACCAGCAAGUCAGUUAUGGGAAUUCCGAUGGAAUCAAAGCCCUUCACAGAGAUGGUGCUGGCCUUGAGUAUAUGGAUAGAGAAGGAAAAACACCGUUGAUUGUUGCUUGUAUGAAUCCUGAACUUUACAAUAUUGCUAAAACAUUGAUUGAACUUGGAGCCAAUGUCAAUGCAUACCGUCCUGGGCGUCAUGCUGGGACUCCGUUGCAUCAUGCAGCUAAAAGGGGCCUUGAGAGUAUUGUUAAGUUACUUCUUUCGCAUGGAGCCAAUCCUUUGGUGUUGAAUGAUGAUUGUCAAACUGCUCUUGAGGUUGCUAGGGCUAAAGGAAAUAGCAAUGUUGUUCGAACAAUGGAGAGUCAUUUAUGCUUGUUCUCCGGUUGGUUGCGGGAGUUUCACGGACCUGGGUUUCUAGAAGUAGUGGCUCCUAAUUUGGUAUCGAGGAAAGUUUGGGUGGUAGUUUUACCAGUAGGCUCCCGUGGUUUCACCAUGCCUUACAAGUUGGAGCUUGCCGUAUAUUCCACUAUGCAGGAUGCAAAACCGCGUACAAUUGUUCCUCUGUGGAAGGCCAAUUUAGAAGAACCAAGGCUUCGUCAGUCUGAUCCGUCAGUGGCAAUUAGUGAUAAGACUACCAGAACACGUCUUAAAUUUGGGCCUGCAAAUGAGAACGACAGGCAACAACUUACAUGGUUUUCUAAUGCUUGCAAAGGAAUUCCACAGGUAAGUCCAGCAUUUUUGAAUAAUAAUGUGGCUACAGUUCCACCAACCGCACCAACUGCACCACCUGCUGCUGUAGACCCAGAGUUGGCGAUGGCUAUCCACGCAUCUAUUCAGCAUGCUAUCCAGGAGAGGCCAAGCUUUCCUGAUGCAAGUUCUUCCAUCAGUGGAGCGAAUGCAGUACAAGGUUUUCUUGGUACACCAAAUCCAAAUACAAAAGCUAAUGAGUUUGUACAUGAAUCUGUUUCAGUUGACAAUACCCAACAUGUCCAGAACGAUAGCAAUGUCUCUGCUGGCCACACUGGCAGUGGUCUGGAUGUCAAUCCGUCAGCUCCUCCAUUUACUGAUGAGGUUCCAUUUGAUGGCCCGGUUCAUUAUCCGUCAAUUGAUUUGAGCCCCGUUGAUGUAUCAUCUUCAGCAGUUGAGAAGCCAUCUAACGAAGAAGGAAUAGCUGCUGGAGGAAGCAGUUCAACGUGCGUGAUAUGUUUAGAUGCUCCAGCAGAAGGGGCUUGCAUACCAUGUGGCCAUGUUGCUGGAUGCAUGUCUUGCUUGAAUGAAGUUAAAACCAAGAAAUGGGGUUGUCCUGUUUGUCGAGCUAAGAUAGACCAGAUCAUAAAGCUAUAUCAUGUUUGAAAGAUGAAAAUCCAUAUUCAGUUAAAUUAUGUUUACAGCAAGAAAUGUCCAAAUCCCACAGGGUUUUUUGUUGUUUUGUUGUGAAUAUGUUAAUUUCAUAUGCUUCUUUCUAUGUGCUUGUGAGUUCAAAUUAUUCCUUGUGGAAGCGAAUUGUGAAACUGCUGUAAGUAAUAGGUCUUGAAUACACUUAGAUUUCGCUCAAUUUCUGUAUAAUAUCUAGUGGAAAAAAUUGAUCACGGAAUACAUGGGAUCUGUAUUACAACACUUAAAAUUCAUGUAUACUAUAUAGUUUUGCA